UGGCCGCCAACAACUGCCACCAGACCUAACCGCCCAACCGCCCAACCGCCCGGCGACUGGGUUGGGGACCCGCUCUCCCCUGGAUCCUGAGUUUCCCCACCUUUCGUUCAGUUCAAGGCAACAUUAGGCAGCGCGGCGGGGCAACUGCAGCCGCCUAGGCCGGGACGCACCUUGGAAAGAUGUUCCCCUGCACCCAGAUGGCGGUCAUUAGAAAGGGUCUGCAAGAAUCCAUCCGCCUCCUGGCCUGCAGAAAGAACAGAAACAUGAGCACAGCAGGAAAAGUAAUAAAAUGCAAAGCAGCUGUGCUAUGGGAGAUAAAGAAACCCUUUUCCCUUGAGGAGGUGGAGGUAGCACCCCCUAAGGCUCAUGAAGUCCGUAUAAAGAUGGUGGCCUCAGGGGUCUGUCGGUCAGAUGACCAUGUGACUAGUGGAAACUUCGUCACACCUCUUCCUGUGAUCGCAGGCCAUGAGGCAGCCGGCAUUGUGGAGAGCAUUGGAGAAGGGGUGACUGCAGUAAAGCCAGGUGAUAAAGUCAUCCCACUCUUUACUCCCCAGUGUGGAAAAUGCAAUGUUUGUAAACAUCCAGGAAGCAACUUCUGUGCAAAAAAUGAUCUGAGCAUGCCUCGCGGGACCAUGCAGGAUGGUACCACCAGGUUCACCUGCAAAGGGAAGCCCAUCAACCACUUCCUUAGCACCAGCACCUUCUCCCAGUACACAGUGGUGGACGAGAUCUCAGUGGUCAAAAUCGAUGCAGCCGCACCUCUAGAGAAAGUCUGUCUGAUUGGCUGUGGAUUCACAACUGGCUAUGGGUCUGCCAUCGAAGUUGCCAAGGUGACCCCAGGCUCCACCUGUGCAGUGUUUGGCCUUGGAGGAGUCGGCCUGUCGGUUGUCAUGGGCUGUAAAGCGGCUGGAGCAGCCAGGAUCAUUGGGGUGGACAUCAACAAAGACAAAUAUGCGAAGGCAAAGCAAGUGGGCGCCACCGAGUGCAUCAGCCCACAGGACUUCAAGAAACCCAUCCACGAGGUGCUGAAAGAAAUGAGCGGUGGAGGUGUGGAUUUUUCAUUUGAAGUUGUUGGUCGGCUUGACACCAUGGUGGCUGCCUUGGCAAGCUGCCAAGAGGCAUAUGGCGUAAGCGUCAUUGUAGGAGUACCUCCUGAUUCCCAGAAUCUCUCUGUGAACCCCAUGCUGUUAUUGGGUGGGCGUACCUGGACAGGAGCAAUUUUUGGUGGCUUUAAGAGUAAAGAUUCCGUCCCCAAACUUGUGACUGACUUUAUGGCUAAGAAGUAUUCAUUCGAUCCAUUAAUAACCCAUGUUUUACCUUUUGAGAAAAUAAAUGAAGCAUUUGACCUGCUUCGUUCUGGAAAGAGUAUCCGCACCGUCCUGAAAUUCUGAGGCCAUACAAAUGAUGUGAAGUCAUUUUUCAGACAAAUAUUUAAACACAAAGUGAAAGUUAGAUUAGCCAUCAGCUGAGUAAUUGAAUCCAAUAAACAUUUCUUCUUAAUCAC